AAGAGAGAGUCGGCUGAGUCGGAGAGAGAAGCGGUGCGGAGGCACUGGCCGGGCACAGCCGCUAUAGGCGCUCAGAUUUAUACAUCUUACGCUCCUGUGGUUACGUUGUGGAGGAAAAAGACAGCGACUGUUUUCAUCUUCCCCUUCCCCCUCUUCCUUCGUCUCUUUAUUUGGUCUGAUCAAAAUAAGUAAUGGCGCAGAUAUUGCCCAUUCGCUUUCAGGAGCAUCUGCAGCUCCAGACUCUGGGCGUAAAUCCAGCCAAUAUUGGCUUCAGUUGUUUGACUAUGGAGUCCGACCGCUUCAUCUGCAUACGGGAGAAGGUGGGCGAGCAAAAUCAGGUGGUGAUCAUCGACCUCAGUGACCCCUCCAACCCCAUUCGCCGUCCAAUCACGGCAGACAGCGCCAUCAUGAACCCUGCCAGCAAAGUCAUCGCUCUGAAAGAUGCUGCUAGGACACUUCAAAUCUUUAACAUGGAGAUGAAGAGCAAGGUGAAGGCCCACACCAUGACAGAUGAGGUCAUGUUCUGGAAGUGGAUCUCCGUCAACACCAUCGCCCUGGUUACUGACACAGCCGUCUAUCAUUGGGGAAUGGAGGGAGACUCUCAGCCAAUCAAAAUGUUUGACCGCCAUGCCAGUCUUGCAGGAUGCCAAAUAAUUAACUACAGAACGGAUGAGGCCCAGAAAUGGCUUCUUGUUAUAGGCAUAUCAGCACAGCAGAACCGGGUGGUUGGGGCCAUGCAGUUAUACUCUGUAGAGAGAAAGGUGUCUCAGCCCAUAGAGGGACAUGCUGCAGCAUUUGGGCAGUACAAACUGGACGGAAACCAAAACGCUUCUACACUGUUUUGUUUUGCUGUAAGGAGUCAGGCUGGGGGCAAGCUGCACAUUAUUGAAGUGGGCCAGCCUGCACCGGGCAACCAGCCAUUCAGCAAGAAAGCAGUGGACGUGUUCUUCCCUCCUGAGGCCCAGACGGACUUUCCUGUGGCCAUGCAGAUUGGCAUGAAACACGGUGUGAUCUACCUCAUCACCAAGUAUGGCUACGUCCACAUGUAUGAUCUGGAGUCAGGAGCGUGCAUUUAUAUGAACCGCAUCAGCGCAGAGACGAUCUUCGUCACAGCUGCUCAUGAAAGCACCUCUGGAAUUAUCGGAGUGAACAAGAAGGGGCAGGUCCUCUCGGUGUGUGUUGAAGAAGAGAACAUAGUGAACUACACCACUAGCGUCCUGCAGAACCCAGAGCUGGGACUACGCCUGGCCCUACGCAGUGACCUGCCCGGAGCAGAGGAGCUCUUCACACACAAAUUCAACACCCUCUUCAGCCAGGGUAGCUACGCUGAGGCGGCCAAAGUAGCCGCUUCUGCUCCUAAGGGAAUCCUGCGCACUGCGGAGACCAUCCGCAGGUUCCAGUCGGCGCCGGCGCAAGGCGGCCGGGCCUCCCCACUGCUGCAGUAUUUUGGCGUGCUGCUGGACCGCGGGCAGCUCAAUCGGCUAGAAUCGGUGGAGCUGUGCAGGCCGGUGCUGCAGCAGGGACGCACGCAGCUCCUGGAGAAGUGGCUCAAGGGUGAAAAGCUGGAGUGCUCAGAGGAGCUGGGGGACUUGGUGAAGGCAGCGGACCCCACGCUGGCGCUCAGCGUGUACCUCCGAGCCAACGUCCCUGCCAAGGUCAUCCAGUGCUUCGCUGAGACAGGACAAUAUCAGAAAAUAGUACUCUAUGCUAAGAAGAUGGGCUACUCUCCAGACUGGAUAGUGCUGUUGAGAAGUGUGGCACGAGCUGGACCUGAACAGGGACUGCAGUUUGCACAGAUGCUGGUUCAAGAUGAGGAGCCUCUUGCCAACAUAAACCAGGUGGUGGAUGUGUUUAUGGAGGGCAACUUGGUGCAGCAAUGCACCUCCUUCUUAUUGGACGCUCUGAAGAGCAACAAAGCAGAGGAGGGGCAUCUACAGACACGCCUUCUGGAGAUGAACCUGAUUCAUGCCCCCCAGGUGGCAGAUGCCAUUCUAGGUAACCAGAUGUUUAGCCACUAUGACCGAGCUCACGUUGCUCAACUGUGCGAGAAAGCUGGCCUGCUGCAGAGAGCACUGGAGCACUACACUGACCUCUAUGACAUCAAGCGGUCUAUUGUACACACACACCUGCUCAACCCUGAGUGGCUGGUGAACUACUUUGGCUCUCUGUCGGUGGGAGACUCAGUCGAGUGCCUGAAGGCCAUGCUAGCGGCUAACCUAAGACAGAACCUGCAGUUGACUGUGCAGGUGGCCUCCAAGUACCAUGAGCAGCUGGGCACCGCCACGCUGGUGGAGGUCUUCGAGUCCUUCAAGAGCUAUGAGGGCCUGUUCUAUUUCCUGGGCUCUAUUGUGAACUUCAGCCAGGAGCCGGAGGUGCACUUUAAGUACAUCCAGGCAGCGUGUAAGACAGGCCAGAUCAAGGAAGUGGAGCGCAUCUGUCGAGAGAGCAACUGCUACGACCCCGAGCGUGUCAAAAACUUCCUCAAGGAAGCAAAGUUGACGGAUCAGCUGCCGUUAAUCAUUGUGUGCGAUCGUUUUGACUUCGUCCAUGACCUCGUGCUGUACCUGUAUCGCAACAACCUGCAGAAGUACAUUGAGAUCUACGUCCAGAAGGUGAACCCCAGUCGGUUAGCAGUGGUAGUAGGAGGCCUGCUGGACGUGGACUGCUCAGAAGAUGUGAUGAAGAAUCUGAUCAUGGCAGUGCGAGGAGACUUCAGCACCGAGCAUCUAGUGGAGGAGGUGGAGAAGAGAAACAGGCUGAAGCUGCUGUCGCCCUGGCUGGAAGCACGGGUACAGGAGGGCAGCGAGGAUCCCGCCAUCCACAACGCCCUGGCCAAGAUCUACAUCGACAGCAACAGCAACCCCGAGCACUUCCUGCGGCAGAACCCCUACUACGACAGCACCAUCGUGGGCCGCUACUGUGAGAAGAGGGACCCGCACCUGGCCUUCGUAGCCUAUGAGAGGGGGCUGUGCGACAUGGAGCUCGUCAAGGUGUGCAAUGAGAACUCCUUAUUUAAAAGUGAAGCACGCUACCUGGUUCGACGGAAGGAUUCAGACUUGUGGGCUGUGGUUCUGGAGGAGAGUAAUCCCCACAGGCGACCACUCAUCGACCAGGUGGUCCAGACGGCACUUCCCGAGACACAGGACCCAGAGGAAGUGUCUGUAACUGUCAAAGCUUUUAUGACUGCAGACCUGCCCAAUGAGCUCAUUGAGCUCCUGGAGAAGAUCGUGCUGGAUAAUUCCAUAUUCAGUGAGCACAGAAACCUGCAGAACCUGUUGAUUCUGACGGCCAUUAAAGCAGACCGCACUCGGGUGAUGGAGUACAUCAACUGUCUGGACAACUAUGAUGCACCAGAUAUCGCUAACAUUGCCAUCAGCAACGAGCUCUUUGAGGAGGCCUUCUCCAUUUUUAAGAAGUUUGAUGUCAACACCUCUGCUAUCCAGGUUCUAAUCGAGCACAUCGGGAAUCUAGAUCGGGCAUACGAAUUUGCCGAGCAGUGCGCGGAAGGAGCGGUGUGGAGUCAGCUCGGCCGCGCUCAGCUUCAGAAAACCCUCGUGAAAGAGGCCAUCGACUCCUACAUCAGAGCGGGCGACCCCUCUGCUUACAUGGAGGUCGUGGACGCGGCCAGCAGAAACAAUAACUGGGAGGAUCUGGUGAAAUUUCUGCAGAUGGCACGAAAGAAAGCGCGAGAGUCUUGCGUGGAAACAGAACUCAUCUUCGCUCUCGCCAAAACUAGUCGCCUCUCUGAACUAGAAGAGUUUGUCAAUGGCCCCAACAAUGCUCACAUACAACAGGUUGGGGACCGCUGCUACGAAGACGGCAUGUUUGAAGCAGCAAGGCUGCUCUUCAACAACGUGUCUAAUUUUGCACGGCUAGCGUCCACACUAGUCCACCUUGGCGAGUACCAGGCUGCCGUGGACAGUGCCCGCAAAGCUAACUCGACACGCACGUGGAAAGAGGUGUGCUUUGCGUGUGUAGAUGGAGAAGAAUUCAGGCUGGCUCAGAUUUGUGGCCUGAACAUUGUAAUUCAUGCUGAUGAGCUGGAAGAACUUAUCAGUUACUAUCAGGAGCGGGGUUAUUUCGAGGAGCUCAUCAUGCUCUUGGAGGCGGCGCUUGGUUUGGAGCGUGCUCAUAUGGGCAUGUUCACUGAGCUGGCCAUUCUGUACUCCAAAUACAAGCCCCAGAAGAUGAAAGAACAUCUCGAGCUCUUCUGGUCCAGAGUCAACAUCCCCAAGGUGCUGCGGGCAGCAGAACUAGCCCACAUGUGGGCGGAGCUUGUUUUCCUGUAUGAUAAGUAUGAAGAGUACGACAACGCCAUCGUCACUAUGAUCACACACCCCACAGAUGCAUGGAAAGAUGCUUCCUUUAAAGAGAUCAUCAGCAAGGUAGCGAAUGUGGAGCUGUACUAUAAAUCACUGCAGUUCUACUUGGAGUACAAACCACUGCUACUCAAUGACCUGUUGACUGUUCUAGCACCUAAACUGGACCACACAAGAGCAGUCAGCUUCAUCACCAAGGAAAAUCAGCUGAGGUUGGUUAAGCCGUAUCUGAGAUCUGUGCAGAGCCACAACAACAGAGCAGUGAAUGAGGCCUUAAAUGACCUGCUGACAGUGGAGGAAGACUUCCAGGGCCUGCGCGCGUCCAUCGACGCCUACGACAACUUUGACUCCAUCAGUCUGGCUCAGCGGCUGGAGCAGCAUGAGCUGAUCGAGUUCAGGCGCAUUGCCGCUUACCUCUACAAGACUAACCAGCGCUGGGCUCAAAGCAUCCGGCUCUGCAAGAGAGACAAACUGUACAAAGACGCAAUGCAGUACGCGGCAGAGUCGAAGGAUGGUGAGCUGGCCCAGACCCUGCUGCACUGGUUCCUGGAGGAAGGCCAGAGAGAGUGCUUUGCUGCCUGCCUCUUCACCUGCUAUGACCUGCUGGCUCCAGACGUGGUGCUGGAGCUGGCCUGGAGGCAUGGACUGCUAGAUCUCGCUAUGCCUUUCUUCACCCAGGUGAUGAGGGAAUACCUCACCAAGGUGGAUGAGUUAGCUGGGCAGGUGAAGGUGGAUAAACUGGAAGAGGCUGAGAGUAAGAGAACCACUGAAGAAGAAGGCAGUGAACCCACCUCUAUAGUAUACGGUCAGCAGCUGAUGUUGACUUCGAAUCAGACCCCAGUAGCACCCCAAGUUGCAUACCCUAGUUAUGGCUAUGCUACCCCUGGAUACACCACAGCAGCCUAUGGGUUUAACCUUCAGUCUUAACUCCCUGGUCCCCAAACAACCUUUAACCUCCCUCACUACUCUAGGAACCCUGGGAAACGUAUGCCUAUGAAACAGAGGCCAGUCAAGCAUGAUGGAAACACUGAAACCAACAAAAUACAAUGCAAACAAUCAAGCAAAACGCCAUGCUAAAUGUGCUUUAACCAUAGAGUUUCAUUCUUCACUAAUGAAGCAAACCUAGCUGUGUGUAAGAUUUUAUAUUUUUAAUAGUUUUAUAGACAUGUAGCAUUGAUGGCAAAAGGAAGAAUAUAGGUACUAAAACACCUCAAAAUUAGCACUGUACCAACCAGACUGUCUCACAUGAAUAAAUGUUUCAGUGAAUAUAUAUACACUGUCAUUCAGUAGACACUAGUGAUUUAUGUCUGGUAUGAGCUCAUUUCUCAGUUCUUCUCAUUUUCAUAUUCAGCAGUAUUACAUUUUUUUGUUUACAUUCAUAGAGAUACUAGAUUAAUUGUGAGAAGUAUGUCUGGAAGAGUAAAGUAGUGCACAGAUGAGGGUGAGUUUUACGAAGAGCAUUGUAGCGUUCUGUUCCCUGUCUCUUCAACAUGAUACUCACAAGAUAAUGUCUUGAUCUUUGUACCAGGCUGCUUUUGAAGAGCAUUCAUUAUGGUGAAUUUCACAUGGCAUGUCUGUAGUUCACAGCUUUUACUUGUAUGUUGUAGAUUUAGGGAUUUACACCACAUUCAGGGCAAGAAAUACAACACAAAGUAAAUAUAUCUUUGCAGGUUCUUGUUAGUUACGAGUUAUGCAUAAUUUAUGAUGCUCUUCAAUGGGUUUAUGUUCAGUGUUCCUGCAAGCCAUAAGCAAUGUCUGUAGUGUAAUGUAGUGGAAGGGAAAAAAAAGAUUUUUUAGGAAAAGAUAAAAUACAAAAACAUGAGGGUCUGGCAAACCUGUUUUGGUUGCUAGGCUUUGCAGGCGUGGUAGUGUCUCUGGAGUGUUAUGAACUUGCUAUGAGGAAAAAUGGGUGUAUGCGUGUGACGGCUGCUUACUUAAGGCGCCAAGCACGCAGAUAAAAAAAAAUAAAAGUUUACACAUACUAAUUACAA